CAAGGUCUCAGAGCCACAGUAGCCAUGGCAUCAGAGCACAGUGGCCUCCAGAGCUCAGGCAAUACCAUCAUGACUUUCCGCCCAACCAUGAGAGAAUUUUCAGAUUUCAACAAGUACAUUGCCUACAUGGAAUCCCAAGGGGCACACCGAGCUGGCCUGGCCAAGGUCAUCCCACCCAAGGAGUGGAGAGCCAGGCAGUCCUAUGAGGACCACAGUGACAUCUUAAUAGCCACUCCCCUGGAGCAAGUGGCCUCUGGACAAGCAGGUGUGUUCACUCAAUACCAUAAGAAGAAGAAAGCCAUGACAGUUGGCCAGUACCGUCACCUGGCCAACAGUAAAAAAUACAGGACCCCGCCACACUUGAAUUUUGAAGAUUUGGAGAGAAAAUACUGGAAGAAUCGUCUCUUCGGGUCACCAAUUUAUGGUGCAGAUGUCAGCGGCUCCCUGUUUGAUGAGAACACUCAACACUGGAACGUGGGACACCUGGGAAGCAUUUUGGACCUCUUGAAGCAGGAAUGCGGCAUUGUGAUCGAGGGCGUGAACACGCCCUACCUGUACUUCGGCAUGUGGAAGACCACCUUCGCGUGGCACACGGAGGACAUGGACCUGUACAGCAUCAACUACCUACACUUUGGGCAGCCCAAGACAUGGUACGCCGUGCCCCCUGAGCACGGCCGGCGUCUGGAGCACCUGGCCAGGCAGCUGUUCCCGGGCAGCUCCCAGGGCUGCCAGGCUUUCCUGAGGCACAAGGUGGCGCUCAUCUCACCCACCGUGCUCAAGGAGAAUGGCAUCCCCUUUGGUCGCAUGACGCAGGAGGCUGGGGAGUUCAUGGUCACUUUUCCCUACGGCUACCACGCUGGCUUCAACCACGGCUUCAACUGUGCAGAGGCCAUCAAUUUCGCCACCCCGAGGUGGAUUGACUAUGGCAAGGUGGCGACUCAGUGCAGCUGUGGGGAGGCCAGGGUGAGCUUCUCUAUGGACGCCUUCGUGCGGAUCCUGCAGCCUGAGCAAAGUAAACUGUGCAAACAGGAAGGCGGUUAUGGAACUGUGGACUUCCUGGAGGUGACCUCAAGCCCUAAGCAAGAACUGAUCCUCGGGACCCACACACUGGUUCAGGGGACCUCUACUUUGACCCGGAGGCAUCCCCGUCCAAGACCCCUCCUCAGAAAUCGGGUAGGCAGAGCCUGCAACAGCAGCCCUUAUGCUAGGGUGAGCUCUGAGCCCCUGUGCCUUUCAACAUCCAAGCUUCUGGACCCUCAAUUCACACUGCCAGUGAGAAGAUUCUCCACCCAAGCUUCGGGGGCCUCUGCGAGCCUCGUGGAUGCUGCUGAUGCUGAAGCCAUGGACCAUUCACAGCAUUCACAGGCCUGUAGAAUCUUGAAUGGGACCCCCAAAAUCUCCCUGCCGCUCAACGGAGAUGGACUUGAACUAAGUGGACACUGUUCACCUCCUUCCCCUGAGACCUUCUGGCCACCAGUGGACCUUCCUAGUCAUCCGAACCAACUGCUGUCCAAUAUGUUGGCAAAUGAAACUGGAUCUGGGUUUUUAGUCACCUUUUAA